AUGUCUGCCGGCGAUUUAAAGGCGCUCAGUAUGAAGCACCGGAUCUCCUUCGACUCUUACGCAAGAUUUAUGGCUGCGAACUGGGCCGCAUCUACUAUGUGUUCCAUGGAAACGAAUUUCAAGCGGUCGGUCGACGGACUGAGCGACUUGUGUGCUCCUGCGGCUGAGGAGCGACGGCCGCAACGCCCGCGGCUGGAGAUCGCGAGCCCAACCAGCUGUGCUGAGGGUCUUUUUGCGAGAGAGUCGCCCAUGGAGGCUUCCGUGAGCGAUCCUACACACGAACACUUUGAAAGUUCCGGUCACCGUCUUCCAUUGUGGACUGGCUCUAUGACUGCUGCGCACGCCGGCGAACAGCGAGUCUCUGCAACGAAUGGUGCGAGCGUGUCUUCUCAGACGCUGGAUGGUGAGCCGGACCAGUCAUCCCUCCUUGGCUUCUCUGUAUUUUCUUCCCGUUAUAAAGAGUUCCACUGGAAGCCCCGAAGCAUUUUUGCCGGCCACAACCUCCUCAGCUUCCUACAAGAACUGCCAUUGUCGCUUGCUCCCGAUGCAGACCGCUUCGAGUUGCAUUUGAGAAGGCCAGGCAUGAAGAUGUCCCUAGACGUCUGCAUGUAUGAUGGGGAGGGGUUUGAGUCCGUCAAAAUUUUUAUCAAUUCGCGUCUCUGCUCUGCCGCUGGCUCCGGAGGUGACCCGGACCUUUGCAACUUCCCGAUCCGCCGCAGCCCGUGCAUGGCCUCUUGCCUCGACGGAUUGUGCCUCACGUUUAGCAACAGCGGAACUUAUCAUACUCUCGGGAUCAGCGAGAUCUGCCUUGUUCGGAGCUCUGGCCCGGAUCCGAAUCUGAUGCUCAUCCGCCGCUACCUACAUGGGAUGUGGUUGAUCUGGCUUCUUCACAGGCACACGGGGAAGCUCUUCCCCAGGCGUAAGACACAGCUUCUGCUACGGAUGGUAUGGCCCAGGACCAUUGGCAAGCAAACAUAG